CACUUUAGUAACUGAAGAAGAACACAAGAGAAGAACCUUGAGAGUAAUUGCAGAGUAAUCGUGAGGGGUUCUUUCUUUAUUUCUGAGCAUGCCAGUUUGUCUUUGAGGAGCAACACAGCAGCAUCUUCAGUAAGUAUGAGCUGGGCUGUAGAAGAGUGGAAGGAUGGCCUUCCUGCAAAGGCCUUGCAAAAGAUCCAAGAGAUUGAAGGGCAGCUUGACAAGUUAAAGAAGGAAAGACAACAAAAACAGUUUCAGAUGGAUUCCCUUGAAGCUACUUUACAGAAACAGAGGCAAAAGAUGGACAGUGAGAAAAGUGAAGCGUCUGCCCUUAAGAGGGAGAAUCAGUCUUUGGUAGAGUCUUGUGAAAGUCUGGAAAAGACUAGACAGAAACUUGCACAUGACAUCCAAACGAAGGAGCAACAGGUGAAUUAUCUGGAGGGGCAACUAAACUUGUGCAAGAAGCAGACUGAUAGACUAGAGCAAGAGGUCAAAAAGUAUAAGCAUGAAUUGGAACGAUCUCAAACUUCACAUUCUUCAGAAAUCCAGCAGUUUAGUACACCACAGAAAACGUUUGCAACCCCUGCAACACCUAAUCAUUGGCAACAAGACUCAAAAAUAAGUGACCUACAGGAAAAGUACAAUCGAGAGGUUGAGGAGCGGAAAAGGUUGGAAGCUGAAAUCAAAGUCAUGCAUGUAAAAAUUCUGAACCAGUCUGCAGUGAGCCAUAAAGACAUUGCAAGACAGCAGACGGGGUCCUCAAUUUUCCCUUGGCAGCAAGACCAAAAAACACACAGUCAUCAGUCUCAGACUGUGAUGGAGACACCAUCUAGGAGAAGAAACGGACCCUCUGGGAUGUCAUGGUCUUGUGAUGACACACCAGCACCAGUAAAGCCACACCAGCAGUUCACAUCAGGCACUCAAAGUGACACAGCUGGAUCACAGCAGAUGGAACAGCUUAAGAAUAUAAAUCAAGAUCUGAGGUCAAAGGUUUCUGAGUUAGAGCUCCGUCUUCAGGCUCAAGAGAAGGAUAUGAAGAAUCAGAUCAAUAAAUUCAGUGAAAUUCAAACACAACUGGAAAUGGCCAGGAAAGAUCUGGCAGACAAGGACAAACUCCUGAGCAAAUCCAGAGAUGAACUCACAAAGACUACAGGCCAGUAUGAGCAGUCAGUUUCUAAGUGUUCUUCAGUUGAAAUGAAGCUGAAGCAGGUAACAGAGGAGAUGAAAUGUCAGAGACAUAAUGCUGAAAGCGUGCAUAGAUCUCUGGAGCAGAAAAUCAAAGACCAGGAGAGAGAGAGUCAAAAGGAACUUGCACAACUUCAAAGCUCCCAUCAAGCUCUUGAGCAGCAAUUUAACCAGGUAAAAAAUAAAACGAGUAUGGAGAUCCAGCAAGCCAAAAAAGACUACAAUGUUUUGCAAUCAGAUAUGGAUAAGGUUACUGCUCUAAAUAAUCGACUGGAGAAAGAUUUGGAAGAUCUGAAACAGAAACUUCUCAGGUCUGAGCAGGGGUUACAGGCCAGUCAAGUGAAGGAGGCAGAGUUGAAGAAGAAAUUUGAUGAGAUGCAGAGAGAGAAGAACACUCUCAGUUGUCAGUUAGACCAAGGAAUGAAGAGGGUCAAACAACUUGAAGAGGAAAAACAAAAUAUUGAGCAAAACCUUGCCAAAAGCCGUACGAUGGUGGAUGAUUUAAAAAUGAAGACACAAACCCAGAGUGAAGAACUGACUGAACUUCGCAAAAAAAUGGAACGUCAAAGUGCAUCAUCAUCUCAAGAAUUGGAAAAUGCCAAGAAAACUCUGGCUGAAACAGAAGCAAAGAAUAUGAAGACUCAGGCUGAGUUGCAAAAACUAGUUCAUGAAGUUGAACUCAAAGUUAACAAGAUUUGUGCUGUGGAGAAAGAAAAUGAAGACCUCAAAAUGACCUCAAACUCCUGUCAGAAAGAAGUUGCUGAGAUGAAGAAAGAGUAUGAAGCUCUUCUGGAGUGGAAAAACGAAAAGGAACAGUUGAUUAACAACACCGAAUCCAACCUUGAGGAAAUGCUGAGUAAAAUUGCAGAUCUGGAGAUAGACAAGGCCAAACUCAGUGAUGCUCAUGAUGGCUUUCAGAAAAAGAUGCAAGAUUUAGAAAAUGAGAAGAUUUGCCUAUCUGGUCAGAUUGAUUCACUCAAAGGUGAACUGCUUCUAAAAUCUGUGGAUCUGGAGGAAAAAGGUAGAGUGUAUGAGGAGCUUCAACAGCAGUUUAGUGAGACACAUCAAAAACAUAAUAAGGAGAUGGACAAUUUGAAGCAACAAAUCACUCUAAUGCAGGAGCAGGUGAGCGAGCUUGAAACUAAACUGCAUCAAGAAACAAGUAAGGUGGAAGGAAUGGAGCAGGCCCAUGGUCAGCUCCUUGAAGAAUAUGAAAUUGCUUGUGACCUGGCUAAAUCAAAGGACUCCAUUAUUGAAAUGAACAGAACUGAGAUUGAGCAUCUUCAGGAAUCAUUUGCCUUGCGAGAGCAGGAGCUAGAUAAAUUCAAAGAAGAGAAAGACAUGUUGGCUAAAGAAUGUGAAGUCCGCCUGGCACAAAACAAAGAGUUGGAACAAGAAAAACUCAAUGUGGAAACAUCUCUGCAGGAUGUUCUUGAGAAUAUUGCCCUCUUAGAAUCAGACCUGAAGUCUCAAAAAGAUUUAAAUGCAGAUAUUCAGGAAAAAUAUGAUGAUCUUUCUAAAGUCAAAGAAGAUCUAGUAGAGAAAGUGUCUUUGGUGGAAAAGAGGGAAAAAGAUCUUAUUCAUGAAGUUGAAUCAAUGUUACAAAAGAAUAAGUCCUUCUGUUCUCUUGAAGAGCAGUUUAAUUGUCUUGUUUCUGAAGCAGAAGAAACCAGAAGUUCCUUAGAAAAAGUAAAGGAGCUACAAGUUCAGACCGCCACUGAGUUGGAAAAUCAGAAGACAAUAGCUGAAAAUCUUGCAAAAGAAAUAGAGGAAGAAAGAAGGAAAGCAUCAAGCAUGGAGCAGGAUAAUGCACAUCUCAAAGUAAAACAAGAAGAGCUUGAAAAUAAGGCAAAAGAUCUAUCUGAGAAGUAUGAAAGCCUUCAAAAGCUCAAUGAUGUUGUUUGCCAAGAGAAAGAAAAACAGCUUAAACAGCUUUCCAUAAUGACGGAAGCACUUGCUGAAAAAGAUGUAAUGGCAGAAAAGAUUGUUUUAAUACAAAGUGACCUUGAGGCCUCAAAUCAUUUGUCAGUCACACUAAAGAAUUCACUAGAAAGUCUUCAGAAACAGUUUGACUCUACCGUAGAGCUGAAUUUAUGUCUGGAAAAAAAUUUACUAGACCGAUCUGAAGAAAAAGCUUUAUUAGAGACAAGUAUCAAGGAGCUCACUGAGAGACAUAACAGGGAAUCUGAAGUGUAUGUCUCUGAAAGGGAAACUCAUUUAAAAAAACAAAAUAGUUUAGAGGAGCGCAUCAGUGUUCUUGAGGCAGAGUUACAGAGCAAAUGUUUGGAGGUCAGAAAUGCUUCAGAAAAACUGAAGGAGGCUGCCCUCGAAAAGGAAAAGCUGAAGCAAGAUCUUGACCUAUCAAAGGACCAACAUAAAGAGAACACUGAUUCCUAUCAGAAAGUUGCAAAGGAACUUGAAGACUUGAAACAAAAUGCAUUUCCUCAUGAGCAGGAGAUAGAAAGUCUCAGAGCUGAUUUGACCGUUCUGAAAAGCCAAGAAGCCACACAAUCCUGUGAGAUUGAAUCUUUGAGAAACAAACUUCAGGAAGCUCAGUCUGAGAAAGCUAAAGCAUUAGAGACAUUGAAUGAAAAAAAGAUUAACAUGAGCAAAAUCGAAGUACAGCUUGAAAUGUUGCAGAUGGAUCUUGAAGAUAAUGAAACACAGGUAGAGGAGUUGCAAGGCAACAUCAGUGUUCUUGAAGCAAAGUUAAGUGAUAGUGAGGCUCAGAGGUCCACCCUACAAGCAGAGCUUGAGUCUGUCAAAGAUGACUAUAAAAAGAGUGUCCUUGAAGUGUCCCUGCUAUCUGCAUGUUUGGAGGAAACCCAAAAGGAACAACAAUCUAGUUCUGCAUUAGUCAAAGAGUUGGAGUCUCUCCAUGUAACCCAUGAAAAUCUUAAAGUUUCCCUAGAGCAAGAGAAUUGCAAGCAGACAAACCUUGAAGCAAUGUACAACAAUCUUAUGGAACAAAAACUAAAGUUGGAAUCUGAUAUCCAGGGAUUGAAAGCAGAUGCUCAGAAUUCCCAGGAGCAAGUGGAUAAAUUAAAGCAGGCACAUGAUUCUCUGCUAUCUCAGAUGGUUGAACAGCAAACUCGCAUGGAACAGCUUCUGUCUGAGAAGAAUCUUGAUGCAGAAGCUUACUCUGAUGCAGACACAAUGAAUAAAGAGCCAACCGCAUAUGAGAAUGACCAAGAUAUUCGUGAAAUGGCAUUUGCCAACACAUCUAUUUUGCCCUUUGAAGAAGAUACUGCUGUUCAGAGUAUUUCAUCACCUGGAGAGCAGCUUAAUUCACAAGAAGAGGCCCAAACAUCCUUGUCAUCAGAUGAGGAUAUCAAACAGUUACCACUGAAAGAGCUAAUGCAAAAUCAAUCCAGGGAGCUUGAGGAGAUAUCUCAUGUUCUUAAGCAGAAUGUCAGAACCAUGGAGGAGCAAACUAGGGUUCAAAUAGAUCAAAUCAAAUUACAGCAUGCUAAAGAGCUCCAGAGCAUGGAGGAGCAAAUGCUCAAUAUAAAAAAUGAGUUGGAGGCCAAACUCCAAAAAGAAAAACAACACACAGAGAACUUGUCCUCACAACUGGAGACUAUGCAGCAACUGCAGGAAUUGGACCUUGCAUCCUCCUCCUCGCUGGCUACUGAAACUUCGCAGGAAAUGACCUCCAAAGCACAGAAGAACAUAAUCCAUUAUCCUGAAGAGUCAGACUCCACUCCAGAUAUUAGCCAGGAAAGUGAAAAAUUACACGUGGAACUUGAAGCACUUAAGGAAUCUCUAAGGACACGCGAAAAGGAGGUUCAACAUUUGCAAUCCCAGUUUGAAGUCUUGGAAUCUGAAAUGGCAAUUAGAAAACAUUUGUGCUCUGACUUGGAGGGCAAAGUUCGUGAAACGGAAAUAGAAAAGACAAACAGCACAGACAAAUUGAUGUCUGUCACUCAAGAAAACCAGAAACUGAGCAACCACAUUGGAGAGUUAAUAGAAGAGAUCAAUUCAUUAAAACUACAGCUACAGACCUCCAAAUGCCAGCUCUCAGAUGUUAUGGAGAUGAUGGAAAGCUUAGAGAUGGCAAAAGGUGAGUGGGAUGAGAAAUUUUUCCAGAUUGAGAGCGAACUAAAAAGAGUACGUUCUGAAAAGGCCAAUUUAGAAAAGCACAUCCUUUCCAUGGAGGCUGACAUAGAGGAGAUACAAGAACAGAAACAAAGGCAAGCAGUAGAGCUUGAUGCAGCUAGGAGAACAAAUUACAGCCUUGAACAACAACUUAAUACAACUAUGGCAGAAGGUGGGCGACUUAAAGAAGAGCUUAUUUUGUGUACUGAUGUAAGGGAAAGUGAAACUCACUCCUUAAUGAAGUGGAAAGAAAAGUCUGAGCUUCUGGAGAAGAGAGAGAGCAAUACACGAGAACUUAUAAAAGAACUAGAAGAGGACAUUAGAGCAGGGAAAAGACAAAUCGAGGCUGCAUCUAACCAAAUUGAUAUCCUGAGGAAAGAAAAAGAGCAACUUAUUCAACAGUCUCAAAACCUUGAGAAUACAGUGGCUCUUUUGAAUGAAGACAAUAAAAAUGUGUUUAGUGAAUUAAACAGUUUAAAGAACAAUGAGAAUUUUGCUUCAAGAGAGUCUGAAAACAUGUCUUCCAAAAUCCAAUCACUUGAGAAUGAGAACGUCAGGCUGUCCCAGUCCCUUGAAUCGUCCCUCUUGGAGAAAGGUGAAAUAGCCUCCAGGUUGAUUUCGACUCAGGAGGAAGUAGCUCAGAUGAGACAGGGCAUUGAAAAACUGAAGGUACGAAUUGAAUCUGAUGAACGGAAAAAGAACCACAUGAGUCAGCUGCUCAAAGCUGCACAGAGGAAGACAGAUGUUCUUCAGGACAACAUUGAAAAGCUUGAGAGAGAAAAAGAACUUUCUGACGAGAAUCUGGAGGACGCCAUUCUUCAAGCAGAGAGUGCCAAAGCCGAGCUUGAGGAAAUACAGGCUGAAACGCAAGAGCUUACCAAGAAAAUCGAAGAGAUGGUCACUGAGCUGAAGGAUCUCAAGGAGGAGAAGUAUAAACUUGAGCAAGAACUUCAGCAAAAGAACAGCCUAAUUGAUGAAUUGCAGUUGUCCAAUCAAGCAGCUUCUGAAAAGCUUAAAUCUGUGGAAGAGGCAACAGUGAAUCAGCAACAAAUAAUCACGGACUUCCAAUUUAAAGUUGGUGCCAUGGAGGAGGAACUUCAACUCUGUCGAACAGAAGUAGAAUCGAAAGAACUGAUCACACAGGAUUUGACCUCUCAGUUGAUGUCUUUGCAAUCUGAAAACGAAGAGUUUGCCCAGAGAGUUCUCGAAUAUGAAAGGUGUCAGGCAGAGCUUUGUUCAACCAACCAGUCAGUCUUGAAAGACUUUGAAAACAGGCAGCAGGAGCUUCGCAAAGAAAAUGCCCGACUUCAGUCACAAAUAGAUGAGCUGCAGGCGCUAUCUUCAAUUCAGGAUGAGCGAGAUAAAUUGCAAAAGGACAAGGUCGAGUUACAGUGUACUAUUGCACAGUUGGAGGAGAAGAUGCAUAUGCAGUAUUCCAAGAUAGAGGACAUGCAGAAAAGUGUCACUUCUCUAGAGAACAAUAUCCAACAGCUAGAGAGCCAACUUGAUGCUAUGAAGCUCAUGAACUCCGAACUAACAGAAAAGUUAAAUGCACUACAUGAGAGCAGUUUGCUCCUCCAUACACAACAUCAGCAAGAACUGUGUGAGGCAAGGGAAAGGCAUAAUGUAUUGGAGAUUAAUCAUAAUCAAUUGACUUGUCAACUGCAGGAGUCUCAAAAACAAAUCGAAACAUACAAGCUUGGCAUGGAAGCAUUGACGAUAGAGAAAGAUGGCCUGCAGAAAAAUAUAUCUGAUAUUCUAGAAAGUCAUGAUGUUCAGAUGAAGGAAAAUAACAGGAGGCAUGAGGAGAACCUGAAACAUGUACAGCAGCAGGCAGAGUUGGACUCCAAGGUUGUGCGCUUGUCCAAAGAGAAGGACAGUGCUAUGAGUAAGAUCAAUUUGUGGAUGAAGUCAUGCAAACAGCUGGAACGUGAGAAGCUGGCACUUCAGGAAGAACUUCAGCAGCAGGCACAACAGAUAGCAGCACUGCAGGCCUCACAGAAACAAGGUGAUGGCAGCAGUGACGGCCUGCAGGAAGAACUACAGGAGCUAAAGGAAGCCCUGGAGGAAAAGAGCCUUGAGGCGGACGACAACAUGGACCGAUACUGCAGCCUCAUGGUCAAAGUACACAAGCUGGAAGAGACCAAUGAAAGCCUCAUGAACCAGCUCAAGCAGAUGAGCACCCAGACAAAGACACCCAAGAGCAGGAGGUCCCUGAGGUCUGAGAAGAGUGACAUGGAGAACAAUAAGCCGGUGGAAAACACUAAGAGCGUGCCAGCAGGAAAGAGACAGAGAGCAGCGGAUGACACCCCCAGCAAAGCACAGGAAGCCCUGCACAGUAUCACCAAGAGACUGAAAGCUGCGGCUGCCACACCUAAAGCCACACAAGACGAUGAGGAUUACAGACCAGAGGGUUUGCCUGAACUUGUUCAAAAAGGUUUUGCAGAUAUUCCAAUUGGAGAGAUGAGCCCAUUCAUCAUUCGCAGAACUGCAGUGCAGCGCUGCAGCCCUCGUCUGGCCGUCCGAACAACUGCGGCUCAGCAGAGCUCCGUUUUAGCAGAACAUCCCGUGCAAAUCUCCAAACAGACAGCAGAGGGCAGGAAAUCAAACACAGUCCAGGCUCCUAAGGCCAUCCAGAGCAGUGCGGCUUUAUUAUCUCCACUCGCAAAUAGUCCACGGGAAAACAGCUGUCGAAGCCCUGUGCAGAAAACUAGCAGGCGCUCUCGCGGCUUCAAGAAGACCCCUGAGAAACAGGAAUGCCUCAGCGCUUCUCCGAACCAAAACGACAACUGCCAAGUUCAGUGAUUACUGGGAUGCCAUGCAAAUUUCCAGUGUUUUAAUUAAAUGCUAUAUUUUGCAGAAUGUUUAUACACUGGCUUUUUAGCUUGUAAAUAAUAUUCAAGAGCCGUAUCUAUAUUUGUUUUUUUUAUAAUAUUUUCUAUUUCUUGUUUCGUUCUUCUCAUAUUUUUGUUCUUUUUUUUACUAUUUCAAAACAUCUGAUGUGUUAUCAUUAACACAGAAUAGCAGUAUCGUUUUAGUGUAUGUAUUCUAUUGACCUGAUUUCUUAUAUACUUUUUGUAUUUUUAUAAAUAGAAACAUCACAACUAAUCACUCCAUUUUACCGUAUGUCAUUGUUUUUUCUGACUGCUUUACUAAACUUUACUCUGCCUUACAAAUA